AUGAGCCCUACACCACGAACAUCCCGCAAGAGCCAGCGAACCUCGCCUUAUCCAACGAAAACUAGCCAUUCCCCUGCGAUGAACUCGAAAGCUACCUUACCAAAACCUUUCAUAUCUUCAGAGGCUUUUUUGUCGAAUUUGAUAUUUUCAAUUGUCAUCCAGGACGAUGAGGAUAUUUUCGAACUGGUGUUUGAUCGCUCUUUCAGUCAUGAUCUGAACGAGACUGCCAACGGCACGCACUUGACCUUCAAUGGAAUGAAGGAGUUUACAUCCAAUCUCCGUUCUGAUAUCAGUGACCGGAGACUUGUAUCGGAAUCAUUCGUUGUUAUGGUCGGAGAUCCUGAAGGUCUGACAGGUACGGUGGCACACAGCUUUCAAUUUACUGGCACGCAAGCUGCUGAGAAUAUGAAGAGCUCAGUAGUGGCCGUCGUCAAUGUGAGUCUCGACGAGGAACAACAGAGGAAGAUCAAGAUGGAGAGUUUCGUGUUCAGGACAGACAAGCUUUAG